AUGCGGAUCGAAGCGCGUGCAGAGAGGAGGAGGAGGAGGUGCACAAUGGAGCGUCUCAUGCGCCGCGUUUAAUAGCGGAUUAGAUCAGCAGCACGAGGAGGAGGAGGAGGGGAGCAUAACAAGGAAGAGAAGGAGACACUUUAUUAUUAGGAGGACCGCGGAGGGGGUGAGAAAGAAAGAGAGAGGGGGGGGGGGGCGAGAGAGGAGGAGGAGGAGGCCGUCGCUCGGAUGCUGCUCCGGACGCCACGAUGCGGCCACACUGCUGGGUGAUGGUGGCGCUGGCGGGGAUCGUGUCGUACUUCAGCCCGGAGAGAGCGCUCGGAGCCCCGCAGAGGGAAGUGUCUCAGUCCAGGGUGGCGUCCCUCUCUCCUCCACCCUACGUCGUCAUUCUCAUCUCUUGUUCGGGGCUUGUCUCCUUUGUUCUGCUGCUCCUCACCUGCCUGUGCUGUAAGAGAGGAGGAGUGGGAUUCAAUGAGUUUGACAAUGCAGAUGGGGAGGAUUGUUCUGGAGGCUCCAGUCCCAUCCAGGAGGACAGUCUUUCCUCAUGUCCCUCCCUCCCAGAGGUCUAUACACUGCCCGUCAGAGAGCGCCCCAACUGCCCCGCCCUGCAGGACGGAGCAGAUUCCAAGUCCCACUGUUUCAAAAGGCACGCUCUAAACUACCUUCAAGAGAUAGGAAAUGGGUGGUUUGGAAAGGUGAUCCUGGCUGAGGUGUUGUGUGACUGUAGCUCCGCUCAGGCCGUGGUGAAGGAGCUGCGUGUCAGUGCCAGCCCUCUGGAGCAGAGAAAGUUUUUGGCAGAGUCGGAACCAUACAGGAGCCUUAAACAUCCCAACAUCCUUCAGUGUCUGGGACAGUGCAGCGAGAGCCUCCCUUUCCUCCUGGUUAUGGAGUUCUGUCAGCUGGGCGACCUCAAGAGAUACCUGCGCGCCCAAAGAAAGGCAGAUGGGAUGACACCUGACCUGCCAACCAGCGAUCUACUGACGCUACAGCGAAUGGCUUUUGAGAUCACUCAGGCCUUGCAUCUUCACGAAAACAACUACAUCCACAGUGAUUUAGCAUUACGAAAUUGUCUGCUGACCUCCGACCUCACUGUUAGGAUAGGAGACUAUGGCCUUUCACACAACCAUUAUAAGGAGGACUAUUAUCUCACGCCAGACAAGCUAUGGAUCCCACUACGUUGGAUCGCUCCUGAGCUCCUGGAGGAGUACAAAGGAUCUCUUAUGUUUACUGAUCAAACCAAGACUAGCAAUGUGUGGUCCUUGGGUGUGGUUAUCUGGGAGCUGUUUGAGUUUGGCUCUCAUCCCCACAGACACCUGAGUGAUGAAGAGGUGCUCACUUUCGUCAUUAGAGAGAGACGGAUCACACUGGCUCAGCCGAGACUCAAACUCUCCCAUGCAGACUAUUGGUAUGAGAUCAUGCAGUCCUGCUGGCUCCCUUCCUCUCAACGUCCUUCUGUCGCUGACGUCUUCCUUCUCCUCUCCUCCCUCUUGGCUGCUGAGCAGGCAAUGGCAAGGGGGAGUGUUGGCGAAGAGAUGAAGAGGAUGAAGUGUACAAAGAAGGUAGAGGAAGGAGAGGGGAGAGCGAGGAGUCAUUUGAAAGACGUUGGGACUUACUCCGUCCACCUGCCUUCCAGGCCAGCAAAUGAGCGGCACAGAGAGAUCGAGCGUGGAAGAGAGGACAGAGACAACUCUUAUCCCCUACUGGACUCUGUGGGAAACUGUAUCACUCCGUCCUCUUCUGAGCUGGAUGACAUUUUGACAGUUACUGAAACUAGCAAAGGCUUGAACUUUGAGUAUUUUUGGGAGAAGGCCCAUGCACGACGAGGCUACAAACCUCUUCCUCCUCCCCAGCAAAUCCCAACAGUGAACAAUAACCAGACAGUCCUUGGAUACUCCCACUGUGGUGCCGGUGAUAAGUGCACGCAGCCCCUCUCUUGCCAGUGAGUAUUACAUCAGGUUAGAGGAGCACACUCCCCAGGAUAAGUCGCCAACUCUUAAAGGGAAGGCACAGACAUCUUUUUGUUCAGAUUCAGUUUGUCCUGGCGAUAUGGAGUUGGUGGAGAUUCGCAGUGGAAUGUUGGGAAAAGAACGUGUCCCUUAUUGCUCUGAAGGGUGUGGAGGUACAGGUGGGAAGGGCAUUCGGACCGUCCGAUCAAGUGAGGUUCGGCUCCAGGUGCCCAACAUUGGUGUGGCAGAAUUCAGAGAUACAUCGAGCAGAAUGACUGUUUUCUCAGUGGUUGAUUUAGGUGAUGAUGAUGAAGAGGAGAAGAAGAGAAGUAGUGAAGCAGAUACAAAAUCCUGCACAAAUUCCGAAGCCCCAGUCCUCCCUCCGAAACCUUGUUCUAUGUCCAUGUCAUCAACCAACCACCUUCACUCCCGCCUCUCCCCGCCCCUCCAUUAGGAUAUCACAGAGGACUGCCUCACUACACCGUGUCGGGAAAAGUUGAGACAGACCCCCAUCAUAUGAGCAGCUGCCCACCCUCAACCUUUAAUCAUCUGGGACUCCAUCGAUCCCGACAGACUCUUCCCCCAUCCCCAUCACUCUCCCCCUCCUUGCCCCCAGCAAGCCAUCCCAUUUACCCUCUACCGCAAAUGUGCCCUCCCCACUCCAAACCUCAGAAAACCUGCGCCACCUAUAAAACAAAUGACACCUACUCAAAACACAGUAAGAUGCAGCAAUCCAAUAGAGACUCGUUAUCCUGUGACACAGCAAGUGGGACCAACCAAGGGGCUACAAUGCAAACCUCCAAAGAAAUGUCUCAUUCACGUAGAAAAGACUUUGAAUCACCUGUGCGUCGAGAAAACCCCUUGCGACCGAUCUACCGCAAUGUACCCUACUCCCAGCCCGACACAGAGAUUGAAAGGCAAUCAUCGUCCAGUCCCACGUAUUCCGAUGAGGAUGACUAUCCCUUCAUGUCUCCUGAGAGGCAUAGUUGUGGAACUAAUGUCGCUCAUUCUAGCUUGUCUGAAGAUGCAGAUCCAGCUGCGGCAGAGCUAUUUUCCAGGGGAAUGAGAAGGACGCAGUCCCGUCUCGACACCAUCCUGCCUGCCAUUUGGAAAGAAGAUGCUGAACUUCAGGCAGAGCGAGUGGCUAAUGCCAUGAAAUCCCCCAUGCAUCUAUUUUUAACAGAGAUAUCAAGUGUGGCCGAAUCUAAUGAGUCCAAGUCGGGAACCUUGUGGGAGCCAAGUGAGGAGAAAAGAGAUGGAGAAAAAUGGGGGAACUUUAUCCAGCCAAACAGAGGGAUGCGCCGCUCCCAGUCACUCAUCACUGAGCUCGGAUCAAUAGCGCCGUCAGAGGAGGCAAAUGAAAACAAUGAUGAAUCUUUCCAGAGGGAUCUUUUUCUUACCGAAAUUGACACAGGCAGGGUAGAUGCAGAUUUGGAUGGUGGAUCUGUAAGUGACUCUGUAAAAUACCUGUACCCUGCCGGAUCCAGACAGCGGCCCUACGUCAGCGCCCCGUCAUAUAAUGAGCCUGACGAAGUCUAUUCAAAGGGCAUACGAAGGUCCCAGUCCCUCCUCUCUGAGGUCACUGUGGAUAAGCAGGAGUCUGAACCACAGCAGAGUCUGAAAGAGCCAA